CUCUGAGUCAGGGGAGGUGAAAGGGGAAGCCUUUUUCUGUGUCAGAAAAGUUUAACUCCCACACCCAUUCCACUCAAACAUCGCCUGGACAAAUCUCUGAUUCCUCUCUUCACUUUUACAACUUAGGACAGUCAAAAUGUCUCUGGUAUCAGAGUUUCUCGGACAGCUGUCUCUCAACAUUGGGGCCAAUGAACCCACAUUCCCCACUGUGGUACCUGCUCUGGACUUUGACCCUGACAGAGAUGCUGCCAGAAUAGAGACUGCUAUCAAAACCAAAGGAGUGGAUGAGCAGACCAUUAUUGACGUCCUAACAAAGCGGACCUACUCUCAAAGGAGAGACAUCGCUUUUGCAUAUGAAAGGAGGGCAAAGAAGGACAUGAUCACAGCCCUGAAGGGAGCGCUGUCUGGUUCUCUGGAGACAGUGAUCCUUGGAUUGAUGAAGAGCACAGCCCAGUAUGACGCCUCAGAGAUCAGAGGAUCAAUAAAGGGCUUAGGCACAGAUGAAGAAACGCUGAUUGAGAUUUUGUGCUCACGCAGCAAUGAUGAGCUGGUGGAGAUCAAGAGGGUCUACAAGGAGUUGUUCAAGAAGGAACUGGAGAAAGAUGUUGCAGGUGACACCUCUGGGAACUUUGCCAAACUUCUCUUGGCUCUGGUGCAGACCAAGAGAGCCGAACCAUCCUCUAUGGUAGACUAUGAAAAGAUUGAUGAAGAUGCCAGAGCACUCUAUGACUCUGGUGUAAAGAUUAAAGGAACUGAUGUAGCGACCUGGAUCUCCAUUAUGUCUGAGAGAAGUGUACCCCACCUGCAAAAAGUGUUUCAGAGGUACAAGAGCUACAGCCCCUACGACAUGCAGGAGAGUGUUGUGAAGGAAGUCAAAGGAGACUUGCAAAGGUCCUUCCUGGUGCUAGUUCAGUGCUUUGAAAACAAACAGCUGUUCUUCGCCAGCAGACUGAAUGACGCCAUGAAGAGUAAAGGAGCCAAAGAGAAGAUAGUGACCAGAAUUAUUGUGUCACGCUGCGAGGUGGACCUGAAGAAGAUCUCUUCUGAGUACAAGGCCAAGUUUGGACAGUCUCUGCAAAAGACUAUUAUGGAACACACCAAGGGAGACUACCAGAAGGCUCUGCUCAGCCUGUGUGGACCAGAGGAGUAAAAAUUAAUCAUCUGAAUCGAAAGGGUCUCAGUUUCCACCGCUGGAAAGGUGGGCUUAUAAAUAACACACAGAACAAACUCUGCAGCAUAAUCCCAUCAUACUUUUUCCAAACACACAUUUUAAUGCAACAUUCAAGGUGAUAACUUCAUCUUUUUUGCUACAUGAAGAAGCUGUGUUACAGCUUACUUUUGCUAUACCAAAAUGGCAAUAAAGUUUUUUUUGUUGGGG